AUGGGGUCUGUGGACGUUGACACGACGCAGCAUGCGCUGGAAGAAUCGACGCUCCACAUGAUAGCAGACCGGUUGAAAAAGUAUGAUGGCGAGCGCGACAAGCGCUUGCGUCCCGAUGGCCUCGACCAGUACGUCCUUCUGAGCAAGACGGAAGAUCCAACAUUGCGGGCUUUCACCAGAGAUCCUUGGCUUAACGAAAGAUCGGACAAAGUCACGUUGCAUGAUGGCCAGACUAUAGAGCACCUUGUGCUUGGGGCGGGCAUGGGCGGUCUGGCAGCUGGCAUCAAUUUCAUCAAAAGUGGCGUCAACUCGGACGAUGUAUAUCUCGUUGACGACGCUGGUGGACUUGGCGGUAGCUGGUAUUGGAACCGCUAUCCACGGGUCUCCUGCGAUAUCGAGAGCUACGUCUACUUUCCAUACCUUGAAGAGACUGGUUACAUGCCUAAGCAUAAUUUCUCGUAUGGAUUCGAAAUCAGAGCUUAUCUAGAAUCGCUGGCUGCACGCUACGGCCUCGAUAAGAACGCCAUGUAUCGCACCAAGGUACAGUCCGCCGUGUGGGAUGAUUCAGCAAAACGCUGGGAAGUGACAAUGCUCAAAACAAUCUCAAGUGGUCCACCAAAGACCAUCAAAGUACGGACGCGCUUCUUAUCCUUCUUCCCAGGAGUCCACGUAUAUCAGAAACUUCCUGCAAUCCCAGGUAUCUCAUCAUACAGUGGUCAACAAUUUCAUAUAGCUCGAUGGGACUACUCGGUCACCGGAGGCACCGAAGAAGAGCCCGUCUUGGACAAACUUCGCGACAAGCGAGUUGCAAUCAUCGGCAAUGGCUGCAGCGGCGUCCAAGGAAUCGCCGAAGUCGCCAAGUACGCGAAAGAGCUGUACGUGAUGCAACGCACGCCAGCCAGCGUGGAUAUCCGCGAUCAGCGACCUACAGAUCCAGCCGAGUGGGCUGAAAUCAGCAAAGACCCCAAUUGGUGGGACAUUCGAUGUCGAAACAUGGCUGACACGCUCAGCGGUGCCUUGAAGCCUGGCGAGCCACAGCUGGUCGACGACUACACCGUCGGAGUGACCACCUACCGUGUUGUCUUUGGCGGCAAGGCUGAAGGCUGA